AUGCCCUCUACUUGCAGCACCAAGAAGACUCUAAAUGUCGAGUCACCGUCCUUUACACCCUCGACCCUGCAGCCCGUACAGAGGAAGCCGACAUUUUCAUCGCAAGCGGUGACUGCACCUUCUUUCACUCCGCGUGGUCUUGGAGCCGCCACACCAUCUACCAUACCGGAUACCGAAGCGCCAGCGUUUAACCCUGCUUCUAUUCGCGAAUUUACACCCAGCUUUGAUCUCAGCUCUACCGCUGCUGCAACAAACGGCACUUCACACGAUGGAGCUCUCUCAUACGACCCAUUUGUGCUGCCGAAUCAGAGCAUGGUUUCCACGCCAUAUAACCCAUAUGCUGAUGACCAUGGCGCCAUGACCGGAGCCCCAUCUACAUACUUUGCGGCCCAGAACGCCUAUGCACCGCCUUCACAGCCUUUACAGUAUCAUCUCUACGCUCCCAUCGGGCCAUAUCGAGAAGACGUAAUGCCAUACAAUCGUCUUACUCACGACUUUUUCAUAUCAGACACCAUGAGGGAAGAUAUGCAGAAGCAGUCGGCCGCAGCGUUGCAAGUAAUGCCCAAUUCCCAGCUACCACAACUGGAUAACUACCACUCGCUGGUGGCCUUGGACACGACACAUCGCAAAAACGCCGGUAUAUUUGGCUAUCCCAGCUGGGUGUACAAAGCCACGUCAUCCAAGGAUGGGAAACUCUACUGCCUGCGGAGAUUGGAAGGCUUUAGGUUGACCAACGAGCAAGCAAUCCGGUCCGUUAAGGAAUGGAAACGGAUCGACCAUACCCACGUUGCCAGCAUCAAUGAUGCAUUCACCACUAGGGCGUUUGGUGACAGCUCUCUGGUCAUUGCGCAACAUUACUAUCCGUUGGCCAAGACCUUGGCCGAAGUGCACCUUAUCCCAAGCGUGCUGCACGGGUCAAAUCGCCUUCAGCCCAAACCAGCCGUCACUGAAGCGGUGCUCUGGGCGUACAUUUCUCAGAUUGCUACCGCUCUAAGAGCCAUUCACAGCAACAACUUGGCGGCCCGCUGCCUCGACCCCAGCAAAAUCAUUCUCAUCGAAAAGAACAGAGUUGUUCUAAGUGCGUGUGCCGUACUAGACGUGACGCAAUUUGACGUCCAGAAAUCAAUGGACCAGCUACAGCAAGACGACCUGGUGCACUUUGGCCGCACCUUGCUCUGCCUGGCCACCAACACAAUGCCCAUGCAGAUGACCAACAUGAAUGCGGCGAUAGAGCAAAUGAGCAGGAACUACUCCACGGAACUCAAAGAUACCAUAAUGUGGCUUUUGACACCGGCGCAGCCCCCUGCACACCCAAAGUCGAUUGGCGACUUCAUUCCAGGCAUAGCCAAUCAUAUCGUGACCACUAUGGACCAGAUCGACCAUUCUUACAAUAAUCUUCGCUCUGAGAUGUUCAAAGAGCUGGAGAAUUCAAGGCUCUUGAGAUUGAUGCUGAAGCUCGGCACCAUCGAUGACCGACCAGAGUACGAAAAUGAUAGAGCCUGGUCGGAUUUUGGAGAGCGAUACAUGUUGAAGCUAUUCAGAGAUUACGUCUUUCAUCAAGUGGAUGGCAACGGAAACCCGGUUUUUGACAUGGGGCAUAUGAUAAGGUGCCUCAACAGACUCGAUGCUGGGACAGAGGAGAACAUUCGCCUGACUAGCAGAGAUGAGCAGACCAGCAUCAUUGUCAGCUACAAGGACGUGAAGAAGCAAGUACUUGCCGCAUUCGGCGACUUGUACAAGGCCAGUUCCAAGACGGGAAGGUCCUUUUAG